AUAAAUGAAAUUGAAAUCUAAGCCGCGGAUUAGAUUAAUCUUUAGUUGUGGGUCUACAAAGAGAUCGAUUUUCAUAUGAAGCACGUCCUAUAUAUCACAGUAGACAUGUGACGUGUAUGAUGAGACUUUAGUAAUAAAUAGAAAAGGUGAAAAAGGCAUUUGCUGGCUAUAGUCUUAAUUAAUGAAGUUUACGAAUGCAAUCCAUUUCCCCUUUAAUUAAUUACUUUAUAUAUACCGCAAUCCCCCAUUUCACUUCCAUUUCCAGUCUCACGAAAUGAUGCAAGAAAAUAGUAGCAUCCAUUUAGGAGUGUCACCAACCAAUCUGGCCGAUGCCAAUGUCAGCCCCUGUCCCGAGGGCGAGGAUCAGGCGCCUCAGCCCGUCCGAUUCUCGGUGCAUCCUGUCACUCUUAAGUUCGAAGACGUGUGGUAUUCGAUAGAGAUAGAGAGCAGGCAAGGGGGGAUGAGCCGAACCAUAGUGAGCGGCGUGAGCGGCACGGCCCGCCCCGGGGAGCUGCUGGCCAUGCUCGGCCCCUCGGGCAGCGGCAAGACCACCCUCCUCACGGCCCUCGGCGGGAGGCUGCCCGGGAAGAUAACGGGCAGCAUCACCUACAACGGCCAGGCGUUGUCCAGCGGCAUGAAGCGCCGGACAGGCUUCGUGGCGCAGGACGACGCCCUCUACCCGCACCUCACCGUGCUGGAGACGCUCACCUAUGCGGCCCUGCUGAAGCUGCCGAGCUCGCUCACGCGGAGGGAGAAGGCGGAGCAGGCGGAGAUGGUGGCGGCGGAGCUGGGCCUCACCAGGUGCGGGAAUAGUAUAAUCGGGGGGCCCUUGCUGCGGGGGAUAUCGGGCGGGGAGAGGAAGAGGGUCAGCAUUGGGCAGGAGAUGCUGGUAAACCCUAGCUUGUUGCUGCUGGACGAGCCCACGUCGGGCCUCGACUCCACCACGGCGCACCGGAUCGUCGCCACGCUGCGCUGCCUCGCGCGUGGCGGGAGGACCGUCGUCACCACCAUACACCAGCCGUCCACCAGGCUCUUCAGGAUGUUCCAUAAGCUGGUGGUGCUGUCGGAGGGGAGCCCCAUUUACAGCGGCGCCGCCGCUCCAGCCAUGGAUUAUUUUGCUUCCAUUGGAUAUGAGCCCGGCUUUAAUUUCGUCAAUCCUGCUGAUUUUCUCUUGGACCUUGCUAAUGGUGUCACUCCAGAUCCAAGACAUGAAGAUGAUGAUGAAAAUCACGGAAAGCAAGAACACCACCUCGAUGAUCUUCAGUCAACCAAACAAUUCCUCAUUUACUCAUAUAAAAAGAAUUUGCAACCUCUUCUCAAAGAAGAAAUUCGUCAACAAGAUCAACACAAUUCCAGAAAAUCAUCAUUAUCAUCAUCAAGAUGUUCAGACAAUCAGUGGACCAAUAAUUGGUGGUUGCAGUUUAAGGUUUUGCUAAGCAGAGGACUGAAAGAAAGAAAGCAUGAAUCAUAUUCCGGUUUAAGAAUGUUCCAAGUCAUAUCUGUUUCAAUCAUAUCUGGACUUCUAUGGUGGCACUCCGACGCCAAUCACAUUCAAGAUCAGGUGGGAUUGCUAUUUUUCUUCUCAAUUUUCUGGGGUUUCUUCCCUUUGUUCAACGCGAUAUUCGUGUUCCCGCUAGAGAGGCCGAUCAUCGUGAGAGAGCGAUCCUCAGGCAUGUACCGCCUCUCGUCUUACUACAUUGCGAGAAUGGUUGGUGAUCUACCAAUGGAGCUAGUUCUCCCCACCAUAUUUGUGACUAUAACAUAUUGGAUGGGUGGCCUAAAACCCUCCCUCUUAACUUUUGCCCUAACCCUAGCCGUCGUCCUUCUCAACGUGCUCGUGGCCCAGAGCCUCGGGCUAGCCCUAGGCGCGGUGUUGAUGGAUGUCAAGCAAGCCACCACACUCUCCUCGGUGCUGAUGCUCGUGUUUUUAUUGGUUAGUGGAUACUACAUUCAGCACAUACCAAUGUUUAUCGACUGGCUGAGGUACAUCUCCUUCUCCCAGUACUGCUACAGGCUCCUAGUCGGAGUGCAGUACUCGGAGAACGAGGUCUAUGAGUGCGGAUUCGGGUCGGGAUCGUGCAGGGCUUAUGAUUUUCCCGCCAUAAAAUACCUUCACAUCCAUAACAUGGCGCUUGAUGUGGCUGCUUUGGUCCUCAUGCUGGUGGGGUACAGGGUUUUGACUUAUGUAGCUUUGAGGUUGGGACACCAACGCUAGCUAGUACUAGAGAUCUCUCAACAAAUGUAUCUAAGUUUAUUACUAAUUACUUUUAUUCAGGGAUAUAACUUCAUUAAUUGUUAAUUUGUCACAUGUUUUUUGUUCAAUUGAAAUUCAAAACAACUUCUAAA